GAAAAACAACGUCAACAAAAAAAUAUUGUAAAACGAAUGCACUAUUCCCCUCAGCACAAGGUUUAAUGCCAUUUGUUGUAAUUUAUCUACCUAAAUUCUUUGCCUAUUUAUGUUUUUUCCGAGAAAAUACAUUUCAUUUCACAGUUUGUGCCUAACUAGGCUGCAAUAACGCACCUGUUAUGGCCUUGUUAUUUCAUGCCUCACUGCACACCGGAUUACCUGAUUUGGUUCUGUGAUUUCGAUGUAAUGUGCGAUUCAAGUAAAAUCGUGUUCAUUGAAACCUAAACCUACAUAGCGCAGUGCAUUGCAGCGCUUUUGCUUUUACUUUUUGCCAUCAUAAUGCACUGAUGAAUGAACGGUAUUUUCUCAGAAAAAUAAGAAAUUGAUGCCAUUUUGGUCAAGGCACAAUCUGCUGAGGGGAGUAGUCAGAGAUUCUUGCAAAUUGGCCAACCAACAGUUUCCUACCUUUUCCAAUGAACAGGCAUGCACGUUAAAGGAUAGGUUUGCUGGCUGAUGAGUCUAUUAUAUAUAUAAUUCUUUUUUUGCUGGUUUUCGGGUAGUCCACAAUGUUCACAAUAUGUAAUCAUAGUACAAUGUUUUUGCUUUUAGCGUCAGAACUGUAGAAAUAAAAGGCUUGAUAAAGUGCCCUGCAAGCGAGCUAUUUUGCAAGUAAAUUGCUAUGACCUACGAUUUAAUCCCAUUCGAGGUCGACGCUAGCCGCUGCAAUCAUCACCUUUGCCAUCUUUCGACGUUUUAUUUGUGAUAGACGUGACUUCAAAGCUAUCGCAUAUAAUACAGUUUAGUUCCUCGCAUAGCUGACGACCAAGGCCUGAUUUGAAAAUAUUUCGUGCUAAGUCCAGCAAAGUUGUCACUUUUUACCGUGACUGUAGCGAUGAUGCCCAUUUUACUCCAACAAUAGACAUUGAUGACCUGAACUUGUAGAGAGAUUCGUCUAUCACGUUUCCGGGAUCGGGAUCAGGAUAGGUAUCAGGUCGCGGAUGGGAUCUAACCUGAAAGCUGCUAUUUCAUUUAGUGAAAUUAAUCAUACUUAUUCAUGUCAGUUACGUGCUCUGGUCAUGACAAACUGUUUAUGAGAAAACCUACAACAGGGUCAUGCAGCACGCACCAACGCAAAAUCAAAGCUGCCCUUAUUAAAAAUGGGUUGUGCGUUGCAACCGUUGAAUGCUUACGACGGAUGAAAUGUUGCUGUGUAAAUGAAGAGAAGGCAGGUGUAUUAUUUCAAUGGCAACUUGCCAUUCCUUUCACUGGGAUAUGGAUACAUUUUAUCUGAUGAAACAAAUAACAAUCUUGUUUAUUCUUGCUAAACUGGCUCUUCAUCUAAAAACUGUCAGUCAUUUCCCUUGUCGCUCUACUCAAUUUCAGCUAACUGUCCAAGUUCUACUUGUUGACCUUCAUUGUCGUUAAUAAUGCACUCCAAAAAUUAAAUAGUAAAUCAUUUACCAUUUGAAGUUGUUAACGAUACGUUUACCAAUAAGUAGUUAACAUAACUAUUUUCAUAGUUAGAGUAACUACUUGAAAUCCAAACAGCAUGAAUACUUUUUUACCAUUUCAAGUAGUAAAAUCAGCCAACCAAUCAGAAUCACUGAUUUUGUGAAUUAACCACUUAUAGUAGUAAGCUUCGACCAAUCAGAAUGCGCCCCCAGACAGCAGACGUCCAGCGUCGAUCGCCGCCAUUUUUAACCCGCUUCAAAAGCCAAACUUCGUUUUCGCUGAUCUUUGAAAUGGACGUGGAGGAAACGUUGGCAUCAUGGGGGAUGGGAGAACUGGUUAAAGUGUUCAAGGAUGAAGGCAUUGAUGAGGAGGCAUUUUGUAUGUUGGACGAUGAAAUAAUAAAGGAGCUGAUUCCAAAAAUUGGUACCAGAAUGAAGUUUGCAAGGAAGUACCGCAAUCUACUACUAUGUAAUAGUCAUGAUAGUAGUCUUGGGAUCGAACAAGACUACAAAAUUCUAUUUGCCAACAAUGAUUUCAUGACCAGAAGAUGGGACACUGUGUUUGCCUCCAAAGUAAUCAGCUACACAGAUUCCGCGAAGCCAUCGUGGCGUGAGAUGGUUCCAGUCAAGAAGGAACUCAGCAAUUUGGAACAGAGUGUAGUUGCAAUGCAACUUCUACCGAUCAUGCUGCCCCCCAGGCCAACAAAAGGUCAUAGACCAUCCGUGACUGAGGCAAUGUCAUCGUUCAUACAGUUCAAGCAGGACCUCCCAAGUGGAGCUGUGCAGCCCUUCGUGUUGGCUCUUGGGGAUAGAACCUCUCCAACGCAGGCAUUUCUUAUAAUUGAGAAGAACGCUUUAGAAUAUCCAACACUGCUGAAGGCCGUUGAGGCCUGUUUUAGGCUUUGUAUGUUCUUGACAUAGAAUAUCCUACUGACUGUGUGACAUUCUCAUUAGUGUAACUGUGCAACCUUAAUGUUGGCUUUUGGUGAUAGAACCUCUCCAACUCAGGCAUUUCUUAUCAUUGAGGUGAACGCUUUAGAAUAUCUGACACUGCUGAAAGCUGUUGAGGCCUGUUUUAGGCUUUGUAUGUUCUUGACAUAAAAUAUCCUACUGACUGCCUUAUUAUGUGACAUUCUCAUGAGUGUAACUGUGCAGCCUUAAUGUUGGCUCUUGGUUAUAGAACCUCUCCAACUCAGGCAUUUCUUAUCAUUGAGGUGAACGCUUUAGAAUAUCUGACACUGCUGAAGGCCAUUGAGGCCUGUUUUUUAGGCUUUGUAUGUUCUUGACAUAGAAUAUCCUACUGACUGCCUUAUUGUGUGACAUUCUCAUGAGUGUAACUGUGCAGCCUUAAUGUUGGCUCUUGGUGAUAGAACCUCUCCAACUCAGGCAUUUCUUAUCAUUGAGGUGAACGCUUUAGAAUAUCUGACACUGCUGAAGGCCAUUGAGGCCUGUUUUUUAGGCUUUGUAUGUUCCUGACUUAGAAUAUCCUACUGGACUGCAUUAUUGUGUGGCAAUUCAUUGAGGACUUUGGUGAUCUCUGAUGAAUUUCUGUUGUAAAUACAUGUAGAUGUUAAUCAGACUAAAUCUGCUAGAGUAUAAAGAGGAAGAUCCUUUGAUAUUUGCAAAGGUCUGGGCAUUUAUAGUGUGAGGAUACAUGUAUCUUGGGAUUACUGUAUAGGGGCAAUGUAUCAAGGGGUUAUUCUCCUGAAACAGUUUUACUGUUUUCAAAUUGAAUGAAUGUGAGUAAUGAAUUGUUAACUUAAUUGAUAGAUUUCUGCUUAGAUGCAAUUUGAAUGUCAUGAAUUGAAAACUAUAGUUAAUGAUAAAUUUAUGUUGCAAAUACAUGUAGAUGUAAUCAGACCAAAUCUGCUGAUUUCUACUUUAGAUUCAAUUUGAAUGUAUGAAUUGAAAACUAUAGUUAGUGAUAAAUUUCUGUUGUAAAUACAUGUAGAUGUUAAUCAGACUAAAUCUGCUAGAGUAUAAAGAGGAAGAUCCUAUGAUAUUUGCAAAGGUCUGGCCAUUUAUAGUGUGAGGAUAUCUUGGGAUUACUGUAUAGGGGGCAAUGUAUCAAGGGGUUAUUGUCCUGAAAACGUUUUACUGCUUUCAAAUUGAAUGAAUGUGAAAUGAAUUGUUAACUUAAUUGUCAUUGAUAGAUUUCUACUUUAAAUGCCAGUCACAAAUUUGAAUGUAAUGAGUUGAAAACUAUAGUUAAUGAUAAAUUUCUGUUGUAAAUACAUGUAAAUGUAAUCAGACUAAAUGCGUUUAGUGUUUGUUUUUCAUUAAAAGGUAAUUCUUUUAGUGACAACAUGGUUGUGUACCCUAGCUUAAAGAGGAUAACGCCGUACAAUAAGUCUUGAUCUCUUUGAGAAUUAGUUGUAGGACGCUAUCUCCUGUAAGAACUACAACCCAAUGAUGGGAUCUGUGACCCUGGCAAUAUGCAGCAAAUGCACUUUCAAAAGGCUCUUUGGACAUUAGUUCUAUCACUCAUUGUUCUCACACUGUCCAAAAUACUGGUUAUUUUGGACCCCUCAUUAUGAGGGAAUCCGGGCCUCCUUGCUGCCGAUCUCAAGUAGACGAACAGGUGUCGGCUUGAGAGAAACAGUAGCAGUUACAGCCCGGAUUUCCUCAUUAUGACCCUAACUAGCCCAUCCGCCAAAAAGGGAGCCACAAGUACAUAAUAGUUAAUGUGGAUGGAUAAAGUAGUAAGGAUCACUAUCAAAAUGGUUAAAAUUGAAACUAUAAAAUGGUUAAAAAUCAACUACUUAUGGUAGUUAUUUUAUUAACUAUUUUGAAAUAGUUAAACUAACCACUUAUCAGUCGGUGCAAUACUAAGCCCCAAAGUAGUUACCAUUUAACUAUUAAUAGUUAGUUUUCACCAUUU